AAGUCAAGUUUCAACUUUCAACUGUUUCAAGUUUGCAGAUUGCCAUUUUGUUGAUUAUUGAUGUUCUUGAUUAUUCCAGUCAUUAUUCUUCAUACUCAAUACAUUUAAUACCUAUUUACUAUUUAAUACAAUUUGGAGUACUAUUCAAGAAUCUAUUGUUCCGAUUUGAUGAAAACUUCUAGUACAUAUUAAUCUAGUGUGCCAAAAAUUUGGGAAAUAAUCUGUGAACAGUGAAAUCCAAUGACCUGUGCAGCUCAUAUUUCCAAUAAUAAUUAAAUUCCAUGCUAAGAUGUUGAGUCGGGAUAGUGGAAGACUUGUUCUCCUCCAGUACAUGAGCAAAUAUUUGUAAAAAGCAUACAUCAGCAGUAAAUAUCUUGUUCCGGCCUUCAAAAUGCUGCUAUGGCCGACACUUUCAAAGAUCAUGUAAACAAAACAACAUUUAACAAAUGAAUCAAUAAUAUUCAUAGCUCACGUGAUGGACCCAGUAUUACAGAGAUUAGGAGAUGUUACAAUACAGAGACUUGAGAAACCCAAAGAUUCCAAAAUGGGACCACAAAAUGUUGUCCCUCUGGAAAAGCCCAAAGAAAAUCCAGAGGAAAACUUUAGUGAAGUUGAGGAAGAGGAAGAGGAGGAGAGUGAAGAUGAAUUUCACAUUCCAGGUUUGAAGAGGCCCUUUCCCUCUUCAGAAGUAUCAAUGAAAAAGUUCAAAUUCAAUAAUUCUGAUGACAUUACACUGGAAAAAAAAGUUGAUGAAAUGUUAGGGGACCAUUUUAGUGAAACAGAGAUGUCUGACUAUGAUACUGAGUCUGAAAUGGAGGAAUCUGAUGAAGAACCUAGUGAAGUAAACAAUAGAGUUCAACUAAAUGAAGUGAAUGAAAAACCAGUUCCUGACAAAGAAACUCCACAACUUCCUAGUAACUCUGAGGAUGAAGCAAGUAGCAGUACAUCCUUCUUUGAUAAACUAGUUGAACAAGUUGAAGCUCCUGCACCUAGUGUAACAAGUAGUAGUGCACCUAGUGAUCCUCCAGCUGAGGCUCCCCAUGAAGAGGAUUAUGAUAUAGAUAUCAAGGAGAAACUUAAAGAAAUGGGAGAGAUCAGCUUUGAGACUGUUAAAAAAGGUGAAAAACCUAAGAAGACUGAGCCUACUCCAGAAAAUGAAGUGGUAGUUACACCAGCUAAAAAGUUUGGUUCCGAUGGCGAGGAGAUACCCGGCCUGCCCAAGGGCAUCGCGCUGCGGCGCAACAUCCGCGAGGUCAUGGACGAGACGAAGCUGGACGAGUCGACGCUGGCCGCCCAGCGGCUGGAGGCGGAGCGGCUGCGGCGCGUGCAGGAGCAACAGCGGCUGCUGCGGGAGCUGCAGCGGCAGGCGGCGCAGGAGCGGAUGCAGCACAAGGUGAUAUCGAUGCUGCAGGGCAACCAGUUCUCCAAACCAGGUCCUUCAUCACAAACUCGAAUUGGUAACACUGUUCUUGUCAAGUUGCCAAAUGGACAGACGAAACCAAUGACCCGUAUUCCAAAAAGACCAUUUGAACUUGUUCGUAUACCCAAGAAUGCUGCUGGUCCACCGUCAUCUAUGGGGGCUCCUCCAAGAAAUAACAGGAGCCUGUUGGCUGCCAAGAAGGCUAUUGGUGCUGAACUAACACCUUCUGUGAGUAUUGCUCCGGUUUCGAAAAAGAUGAUGUAUCCACCAACUGCCCACCGGAGACACAGCGAUAGCGACAGUGAGGAUGAUAGGAAGAUAGGUUUCCCGCCACCGCAGGGUCCGAGGCCAAGAGGCAAGCAGCCGGUGCAGACCAUCGACAUCUCCUCCGACGACGACUGCAUCGUCGUCUCGGAACCCGACGGCGACGACGCCGACGACGACGGCGACGACCCGACCAACUCGGGCCUGCACACCAACGACCAGUUCAACCGGCCGGACGACCUCGGCCGCGUGCUGGUCAACGUGGGGCACCCGGAGGGGGAGCCGGACGUGUUCGUGGCGCCGCAGAUCGCAAGGAUUAUUAAGCCUCAUCAGAUCGGGGGUGUGAGGUUCUUGUACGAUAAUCUGGUGGAGAGCAUUGACCGGUUCGAGAGUUCGCCGGGGUUCGGAUGCAUCUUGGCGCAUUCGAUGGGGCUGGGCAAAACCCUCCAAAUCGUCACCUUCUCCGACAUCUUCCUGCGGCACACGCCCGCGCGCACCGUCCUCUGCAUCAUGCCCAUCAACACUCUGCAGAACUGGAUGGCCGAGUUCAACAUGUGGGUGCCGACGGAGGAGAAUGCCGCCGACUGCCCGCUGAACGCGCACGGCGAGGUGCGGCCGCGCAACUUCGGCCUGCAUGUGCUUAACGACAGCCACAAAACGCUAGUGGCCAGGGCCAAGGUGAUCCACGAAUGGCGGACAAAGGGUGGCGUCCUAAUGAUAGGUUACGAGCAGUUCAGGCUAUUGAGUUUGAGGAAAUUUCCGAAGUCCAGGAAGAAGGGAUGUACCGAGAGCGUAGCUGCCGAGGAUGACAAGAACAGAGUUCUGUUUGACGAGGUUCAAGCUGCACUGGUAACACCCGGCCCAGACCUCGUCAUCUGCGACGAAGGUCACCGCAUCAAGAACUCGCACGCCUCGAUAUCGCAAGCUCUCAAGCAAAUGUCAACAAAACGCCGUGUCGUUUUAACAGGCUAUCCCCUCCAGAACAACCUGAUGGAGUACUGGUGCAUGGUUGACUUCGUCAGACCCAAUUACCUCGGUUCAAAGACUGAAUUCUGCAACAUGUUCGAACGCCCAAUCAUGAACGGGCAGUGUAUAGAUUCCACAGAGGCUGAUAUCAAGUUAAUGCGAUACAGAGCCCAUGUACUACAUUCUUUACUCCUUGGUUUCGUGCAAAGACGGUCCCAUACUGUCUUACACUCUGCCCUACCCCAGAAAGAAGAAUAUGUUUUGAUGGUUAGGAUGACUCCGUUCCAAAGAACUCUCUAUGAGACUUUUAUGAAUGAAGUCGUGCGAAUACAAGCUGUGCCGAACCCUCUGAAAGCAUUUGCCGUUUGCUGUAAAAUUUGGAACCAUCCAGACGUUUUGUACAACUUUUUGAAAAAGCGUGCAGGUGGAGAAGCUGUUGACAUCGAUUUGGAGGAAGUGGGUGGUGCUCCUGUCGCAAAACCCACUAAUGAAAAACCACCGCCACGACCACGUGGCAAGAAACCUGCUAAAGGCCAAAAGGGGAAACCAGCAGCGUCGGUAACACCAUACAAUAGCUCAACUGAUCCUCAAAAUUCCACAGUCAACACUCCCUCAAGCAGUCCUAGUGGAAGCAUUGUCAAUUCCUCUCCCAUCACUUCCUUCAGCAAUGCUAUUUCACAGCAGGGCAAAGAUAACAUACCGUCUAGUUUCAAUCAACCUCAAACCACGAAUCUUCAAGAUGUUUCUAAAAGUUUUCCAGAGAACAUUCCUCAGCCCUACUAUGAUCAAGAGUUCGAUCAGAACGCUCAGUUCCCCUCGUCCUUUCCCAAUACGACUAAUAACUAUCAGUCAUUCCCGAAUACGCCCAGUACCAACUACAGUGACUCCAGUUUCAAUCUUUCAGAAAACAACCACAGUCAACCUACCACGAAAAGUACUUUGUUGAAUUUAGACCAGCAAACGAUGAACAAUUCAUCUCAACAAUCUGGUAAUAGCUUUGCCAACUUAUCUUCUGAAAUUUCCCUAACUCCUGUUGCAAAACGGAAAGAACAGAACAAUCCAAAUACGCUGAAUACCAGUUUGCCAUCUAUAAGUAAUUCAAACAUCAGUUUGACGCCAUUGAAAAACACCAAUUCAACUCUGACUUCCUUAAAAAGUACUAGUGUCAGUUUGACUCCAUUGAGCAGUCCAAGUAUGGCAGCAUCAACCAGUAACAGUUUGAGUCAGUUGAAUCAUAUGACUACUAGUUUGACGUUGAAGAGUACUAGUAUAUCAAGGAUAGAUACUAAUGGUACCAACUUGACAUCACUCGAUGAUCCUAAUAGUGCGUUGACUCCAUUAGUACCGACUUCUAACUCUAGUUUGACUCCUCUACAAAAUUGCAGUGAACUAUUGGAUAUUGGGAAUCAAACUCCGUUUAGUCAAAACCAACACGGCCAGAAUUUCAAUCAGAAUCAGUUUCAGGAGUACCCACAAAACUACUGGGGUCAGCAGAAAGAAAAUAGCACGUAUAACCAACAAAAUGACUAUUUCGGCCCUCCAAACAACCAGUUCAAUCCUAACCUUGCCAAUAGUGAAUCAAAUCAAUCUUGGAUAAAGAAGGAAGACUCUAAUUCCAAACAGUUUGUGAGCCCGAAAAGUGAUAAUGGCAGUGAGUCCAAGCCAAAAAUAAACAUAAUCAGUGAUAUAAAAUUACCUUCAGUAUUUGGUAGUCCCAGCAAGAUCAAGAUCUUGAGUGAUAUCAAAAUCGAACCUAAGGUAAAGGAAGAGGGUAUAGAUAUGUUCGAAAUGAGCCCUAUCAAGAACGAAUUUUUAAAUGAGUUGAAGGGAGAAAUAAAAGCAGAGUUCCUAGAUGAGUUCGAUAGCGAGGUCAAGAAUGAAUUCAAUAGCGAUGUUAAAAGCGAGGUCAAGAGUGAGGUUAAGACUGAGGUGAAGUUGGAAGAAAUGAGACCUCCUCCGCCUCCAGCUCAACAGGAUAAUCCAUUUGCGAAGAUGAAUCCUUUGGCUCUGAGGGAAUCAAAAGAGGAUAGUGGAAUUCCUUAUGAUUGGGCUAUCGAACUUCUCAAAGACUACAAACCCGGAUACAUCGAAAAUGGUGCUAAAAUGGAGAUCUUAUUCUGCAUAAUCCGUGAGAGUAUAGCUUUAGGAGACAGGCUGUUAGUUUUCAGUCAAUCACUGAUUACUCUAGAUUUAAUCGAGCAGUUCCUUCAAAGUAGUCAAGUUCCUGGAGAGACCUUCAAUUGGGCUAAAAAUGCCAGCUAUUACCGUCUGGACGGGUCGACCAGCGCCCUGGAGCGCGAGAAGCUCAUCAACGAGUUCAACUCCAAUCCGAACAUCCAUCUGUUCCUCGUGUCGACGCGGGCGGGCUCGCUAGGCAUCAACCUGGUGGGCGCCAAUCGCGUCGUGGUGCUGGACGCGUCGUGGAACCCCUGCCACGACACACAGGCCGUGUGCCGCGUGUAUCGGUACGGGCAGCGGAAGCCGUGCUUCGUGUACCGCCUGGUAGUCGACAACUGUCUGGAGAAGAAGAUCUACGAUAGGCAGAUCAACAAGCAAGGUAUGUCGGACCGCGUGGUGGACGAGUGCAACCCCGACGCCCACCUGACGAUGAAGGACGUGAGCACGUUGUGCUGGGACGACAAGUGCGACGACGGCGAGGCGAAGGAGUGGGCGCACACGCGCGACAACUACAUCGACGUGGUGCUGCAGAAGGUGCUCGAGCGGCACGGACGUACCCUCAACAAGGAGCCAUUCCAACACGAGUCGCUGCUGGUGGACAGGAAAGAGAAGCAGCUGUCGUCGCAGGAAAAGCGGCUGGCCAAGAAGGGUUACGAGCGCGAGAAGCAGGCGUCCAGACAGCCGGCGUACAGCCUGUUGGGGUCGUCGAGAGGACACAGGCCAGUCGCCUCCGUCAGGCCCAUGCAACAGAACGAACGACCAUCCCGCUGGAUCCCAGCCGAGCACUGGCAACGGCAGGGCAUGACGGCGCAAGAAAUGACACUACCUCUGGAUGUCGUCAUCCCCACCAACCAACCCGAGAAAGGGAACAUCGUACUAAAAGCUGGACAGAAAGUGCUAGUCCUGAAAUCACCAAAAGGUGUCUACAUGCAACUGGAGAGCGGCAAGAUCGUCGCCAUCAAGACGGCGAUCAAAGUGAAAGGCAAGACGGACGAGGGCGGCGGCGACCCUAUGGGCAAGCAGCUGGCCAAGCAGCCGCCCCUGCCUCCGGGGGCGAUGCUCAAGGGCCACCCGUCGCUGUCGGUGGUGCCGCAGAAGCGGGCGGUGAAGCCGUUCGCGCCAGGCGGCGGGCCGGCCAAGUUCGCCACGCAGAGCGUCAAGCAGGCCGUGCCGAAUCUGGUGUCGCGAAUCAAGAGUAUACAGAAGCGGCUCGAAGCGGGCAAGACCCAUCCAAAAAAAGUAGGCGUGGAAAUCGCCAAAUCGCUCGUCAAAGAGGGCGAAAUCAUGGCCAUGGGCAGUGGUGAGGAAGACCACAACGCAGACAAGCAAAAACCACCGACGGAGACCGCCGACGAGAUCCAAAGGCGGAUUUCCAUGCUCAAAAAGAACAUAUCUAUCCAGAGGGUGCCUAGCGGGGCGGCCAAACCGCCAGGGAUGCAGCAGCAUCCACAGGCUCCUACAAUGCCAUCAAGGACAGUCCAAAGGCCCCCAGUUGAGGAAAAGGAAGAGAGCAGCCCAGAUAGCAGUACUGCUCUAGAGCAUCUCGAGAGUACGGCCAAUUCAAUGAUGAGUGAUAGUGCGGACAGCACCCCAUUCCAGGACACCUUAGACAGUAUUACGAGCGCCUACCAAGCCACCAACGAAGACAACAUGGAGAGUUUCGAAGACGACAUCUCCGAAACCUCCGACACGCCCAAAAAUCCAGAACACUCCGAGGCGAGCGACCAGAGUGACGAAGUCACCUACGUCUCCGACCAAUCGCCCGGCAGCUCUCAAUACCAACCCCAAACACCGCAAUCCGCCACCGGCACCGACCCCAACACCUACAACUACUACAACUACAACACGCCCCCCGCCCCCUAUCACGCCCCGCCCCCUCAGGGCUACGCCUACCCGCCGCAGCACCCGCCCCCCUACGACAUGAUGGGCUAUCCCCCGCAACCGGCGCAGCCGCAGUACAACUACGGCUACCAGGGCUACGCGCCGGCGCAGCCGCACUACGGCCCGCCGCCGCCGCCGCAGCCCGGCUACGACUACAACAGCGCCCCUCCGGCCACGCCCGUUUACCCGGGGUACCAUCAGUACCCGCAGCAGUACCCGCCCCCUCCGCAGCCGCACUAUCCCCCGCCGCCUGCCGCUGGCCCCGCCCCCGCGUACAGUGAGUACCAGCAGUACCCGAGUACGGUGGGCCAGGCGCCGCCCCCCGCUCCUUUUUAUCCGAAUACUUAGGCGGGGCGGGGGUAGUUUGUGGGUGUAUAUUGUGACAAGUGAGCGGAACUGUGCAUCAUUAUUCGAGGGUGUUAAGAAACAGGUAAGCGUAGGUGUGACUGAUUAUUGAGGAACUGCGCACCAUUGUAUGUGGGUGUCAAGACUCAAGAGACAUAAGAUUAUUUCAGUUUCAGUUUUUACCUUGAAAUGAACUUUCAAGGAACAAGUUGAAAGUAUUGAAAUUCUUGAAUUGGAUGUAAACUGUGACGGAAUUCGUGAUAAGAAGUUGCUAUUGUGUGCAUAGGCCAAGAAAUUUUGAGUUAUGGGUAUGCCAGUCUUUAAAAUGAUUUCUGUAAAAAGAAACCCCUUUUAGUUUUAAUUUUAAUUCAUUUUGAAAACAAUGACACGUUCUAACACCAAUACCAAAUACCUGCACACAGGUUAAUUUAUCAAAAAAAUAUGAUGAAGAGACAAUUCGCGAAAAAAAACUUCAAUUUUUUUUUGGAAAUGGAAGUAGAUUCCUUACCGUAACGUCAAAGAAAGAAACAAUAAAAGAAAAUCACCCCACAAAACUGCAGGAACGGAAAAAAUGUUUUUGUGCAACCGCAGGUACGACUGGAUUGUUGUAUGUGGGUGUCAAGAGUAGGGUUGCCAACUUUUGAGACGACCAACCCGACAACAAGAGUUCAAAGAGAAUCUCAUCAUUCACCAAUUUAUAAAUUUAUACUCACUUUGCUUUCUAGCAGCAUUUAAUAUGUGUCGGGUUUUCACCACACAUAUGAAUCAUGAGAGUUUUUACAUGAAAAACGAAGUUUUAUAGUAUCUAUCUUUGGUUUUACUAUCGAAAUAUUCAUUCAGUUUCUUUUUUAUCUCCAUAAACUUGUUCUAUCAUGGUGAAUACGCUCUCGAAAGGAAUUUAAAGAACAAAUGUAACAAGUUUUUUCAAUUCAAUCAAUCAGAACAAAUUAUUGCAUCCCAAGAGGUCGGGAGGUUCACCAUUAUUACCUGAGUCUCCCGGCAGAAUUGGGAACCCCAGUCAAGAGACAUGAGAUUAUUUCAGUGUUUGAGUUUACACCUUGAAAUGAGCCAUUGCCGUACAAGUUGAAAGUGAAAUUUUUUAAUUUGAUGUAAAUUUUUAGAUGGAAUAUGCGGUGAGAUGAACUAACUAAUGUGUGCAAAGCCAAACAAAUUCAUGGGUAUGGGUAUGUCAGCCAUUGGAAUGUUUCAUGACAGCGAAUUUGCUAACAAUUCUCGCACGUUUUGUUUAUCCAUUGUGUUUUUCUGUUUGUGGAUGAUGGUGAUUACCCAGUUGACCAUUGAGCUAUUGAGGUUUGUAAUAACCAUUGGUUGAUUAAUUAUCAACCUAUAACUGCAAAUUUUCAAAAGGAACCCCCUUUUAGUAUUUAUCAUAAAUCAUUUGUUGAACAAAGAGUGACACCAAACUCAACAAGGCUUUCUCACUAUUUCCAUGUGAUGAUUAAACAUGUUCUCGAUUAUUUGUACAUGAUUCUGAAGUGUUGAAAACAAUUACACGUUCGAACACUGAUAUCGAGUACCUGCACACAGGUUAAUUAUCAAAAUAGGACGAUGUCAAAGAGACAAUUCGCAAUAAAACCUCUAUUUAUAUGUAGAAAAUGGAAGUAGUUUCGUUCCCGAAAUGUCCACGAAAGAAACGAUGGGAGAAAAUCGCUCCACAAGGCUAUAGAAAUGGAAAAAAUACCGCCGCUCAGCCCGGGUACGACUACAUAAACGCCACUCCGGCCACGCCACGGGGUACCAUCAGCACCCGCCCCUGCAUACAGGGAGUACCAGCAGUACCCGAGUACGGUGGGUCAGGCUCCGCCUCUCGCCUCUUUUUAUCCGAAUGUUUAGGCGGGGCGGAGAUAGUUUAUAGGUGAAUGAUAUGACAGGUGAGCGUAGGUGUCAAUCUUUCUUGAGGAACUGUGCAUCAAUAUUCGAGGGUAUCAAAAGAUGUGAGACUAUGAAUUUGUAGUUGAAAGAAGAAGUUGUUAAUGAUAACAAAGGCCAACACAUUUUGAGGCAUGGGUAUGCCAGUCUUUGUGAAGCAGGUUAGCUGACAAUUCUCACAUUUAUUUCAUUUUGUUCAACUCCAAUGUGUUUUCCUGUUUGUGGAUGAUAAUGACUUCUCAGUUGACCAUUCAAUUUCAAGUAUAAAGGUUUGUAAUAACUGAUGGUUGAUUCUUUUCACUCAUAGAAUGUAUAAUUGACAUUUGUUUUCCUCAAAGAAAAAAAAUUUGGACCACGAGAAGGUCGGAUGGAUUUCAUGACGUAUAAUUAACAUUUUAAUAGACAAUUUGAAGUUUCUGAUUUUUGUUUCAAUCCUCCAUGAUGUGUAAAAGGGUCCUCCUUUCAGUAUUCGUUAUUAAUCAUGCCGGUCUUCCUUUUAGACAAGUAAUAAUGACACGAAACUCAUGCAAACCUUCGAGGCUCUGUUCCAUGUGAUAAUUGAACCUGUUCUGGAUUAUUCAUACAUGAUUCUGAAAUGUUGAAAACAAUGACAGGUUCUAACAUCAAGCAUCUGCACACAGGUUGAUUAGCAAAAAAUGAAUUCGGGAAAAAAACAAUUUUAUGUUGGAAAUAAAAACCG